CCCUACCCCUCAUCUGUAGCCUUUGUUUGCUGGCCUGGGUACACGUUCCUUUCAUGAAAUUUCUUGCUUAACUUUGCAUACGCACCCUGCAUUCUUUGUCCUCGACCCUCUUUCGCCUUUCGGUCAGCUUGGGCUGGGCCUGAGCGUUUCUUAGCUUUGGACAGCCAUGGCGGCGAUCCCACCUCAUUUGCGCACGGCGCAAAGUUCUGAGUCCGUCGCGACCGUCAAGAGCAAUGCCAAUGGGAACCGUGACUCUAACAUGGUCAGGGCCUCCAUUCUGAAUACGGCCCUGGAACUGGGGGUAGGCCGAAAUAAGACCGUUACCAACUGGAUGUUCAAUGGAAUCGACGAGGAGGACGAAGAAGAGGAGUCUACCAUGUCCCCUGCUUUGACGUCUGCUUCGACAGCCACGUCGGAUGAAGGGGUUUUCACUCCUCAGAACGGCCGCGGGGGCUUUGUCUACCCGCGGCUUGAUGCCUAUAAGCCAGAUGCUCCAUCAACCAUUAAGCCUCCUGGGAGGACUAUUGCGUUCGAUCUUACCCGCCCCCCGCCCACUCCCGAUAACCCCAGUAGUGCACAGGCCCUCCCACCUGUUCCUCAGUCAAAUUCCGGUUUUCUUAGAUAUAGAUUGGGAAAGUCUAAAUCAAAGCGUGAAGAUGGUUACGAGACGGAUGGUGCCGCGACGGACUCAGGUAGCAAGGGUAAGAUUAAGAAGAAGAAGAGCAAGAAGGAGGUAAAGGGUGGAGGAGAGGGCUACGAAACAGACGGGGCGGGCACGGACUCCGGUAAGAAGAAGAGCAAGAAGAAGAAGGACAAGGAGGAUGGCGAGGAAAGCGACGGGGGCUAUCUCUCUGAUUUUACCCGCAGUCGGAAGAAGAAGAAAGAAAAAAAGGCGAAGGAGGCAGCGGCGGCUCAGGCGGAAGACACAGACGCGAGCGGGUACUUGUCCGAGGCCUCUGCCAAGCGGAAGAAGUCAUUCUUCAGCAGGAACGCGGGCAAGUCCGGCUCGAACUCGAACUCCAGAGGUUCACCAUCGUCGGAGACCCCCCCGCCCGUCCCAGCCCUCCCGGACUUCCCACCUAACCUGCCCAUCGCCGGCCGGUUCCAGAGGCCCAGCGAGUCGAACAGUAGGAGCGAUACGCCGUUAUCUAGGGAGACGCCAGACUCGGGUGCUCACCUUAAGAAGGUACCCUCCCACAGCAGCGGGUCGAGUACGAGGGAAUCAAACAGCCGGGAAAAUGCAAGCUUUGGCCACUCUGGAUCCUUUGACCGCUCGAGUGAGCGCGGUACAGGCUCUCACGAGUCCCAACGCGAUGCUCUCAGCAGUCCAAGUAAAGCGGAAAGCAAUAAGAGCCGGUUUAAUUUUGGCCGGUCACCGUCCAAUUUCUCCGGAGCGGAGACUACUCUACCUACUAUAUCUUUACCGAACUCGAGGGCGAUAUCUCCAAUGCCUUCUGGUGGCGUGUCUCCUGGCGACACAGGCUCAAGACGACCGACACCCCUGAACCUGUCUACUCCGUCUGGGUCAGCAGCAGCCAGUCACUCACCCUCCCUGUCCCUCAAUUCGGAGUAUAUAUUUGUGACACCUGGUGCUACACCAAACAAGUCUAACCCGAACGCCAAUCUCCUGCCAGUGUCUCCCGCUCCCACCGACUACUCUCUCGUACCAUCCGUACCUGGUAACGAAUACACCAACCCGUCGCCGCAGCCUAGUCCCGCGGGUCUUGAGCGACCGAAUGCCCUCGCCCAUUAUGACCUGCCUCCCCCAAGCCCGCCUCCCAGCGGUCCCCUGCCGGACGUUCCGCAGCACCAGAACGGCCCCAGCGUACCCAAGAUCGAGAUCAAAGUCCCCAAGGCUGGCCCCCCUUCGUCCUUCCUCGAUUUCGAAGCGCAAUCGCCCUCCACGUCGCGCAGCACGUCCCCGAUGUACUCAGGCGCGCAGCGCGGGCGUACGUCGCCCUUUCCCGUGCAGCCGCUGCUGCCCCCCGAAGAGUCCGCGGAGCUUAUCCAGCGGACGAAGUCGCCGACGGUGCGCUCCUCGUCGGCGCUGGGUUACUACCAGAACCGGCCGUCGGAACGGCUGAGGCGCGGGCAUAAUCUGAGCGAGGACGGCUUGAGGUACCUCGACGAACGGCCGGGGCCGCUCGUGCGGUCGCCGUCAACGAUGGCGCGCACGCGUCCCGAUGUGUCGAGGGCGCCGGACGUUAUGGCGGGUGUCAGUAUCAAUGUUGAGCAGGCGAGCGAGGCGGACGAUGCGGAGUGGGAUGAUCGUGCGGAGUUGGAUGAGGUAAUCUCGAGGUUCCAGGACAGUGCGAGGCAGGAGCGUGCGCAGCAGAUGGAGCCGAGUAUCCCUGCCGGGAGAAUUGGCAGCGCGCUCUCGCCACGCUUACGUUCGCCGAAUAGCCAUGGCAAUUCGUCGCCGCAGCCGAGGAUCAUCGUGGGUCGUGACCCGGGGUACGGGUACGAGCCUGAGGACGAGGAGGAGUACGGGGAGAUCGAGGACGAGGAUGUGGAGGAUGACGACGACAAGUCGUACUACCCCGAAGACGACAAGACCGCUGGACGGAGUACCAUGUAUAUGAUGGAGAACGGGGAGGACCUGCGGUAUUCGAUGUAUACGGACGGAGAUCGGACGAGCCGGGGCAGCUUCUUGAACGAGGACAAAAGCUGGGACGCAAGGCAGCGGUUCCUACAGCGCGUGGAGGCGCUGUACGAGGAUACCGGGAGGGAGAAGCCCAAGCCGCCGCCAGUGCCGAAGCUGGACCCGGCGCUGCGGGCGAAGUUCCAAAAUUGAGGUGCCGGCCGCUGUGUUUUGCACUAUCUAUCUUUUCGCAUUUCUUGUUGUAUUGUUUAUUCCUUAAGCUCACCUCAGUCUCCUUGGCUCUUUGGUACAUGUCUACCUGAUAUCACAGUCUUCACAGACUAUACACAUUCUCUGCUGCUGGUCUCGCGUCCGUGUUUGCAGAUCUGACAACCCGACAACCCCCGUAUAUAGACGUAUGUACUACCUCAUAUUCGUCUGGUCUUAUUCUCCGCAUUUCUAGGUAUAUCAUCGUCGCAUUUAUCAUACCCGCUGCGCGUAGGCUUAUUUAAAGUGAUGCACCGUCGUUCAUAUGCAGAACUUAUAGUUUAGUGUAAUCUAGCUACGGUCUCGGUUUCCACUCCAAGAGAUUGUGAGGUACAGUGUACUGAAGGCAGCAGUAUAUUAUACAAAGUUGCAACGGAAUGGAGAAUUUCAUUGCAUAGCAAUAAAGAGCGACAAC